AUGAAAUUCCUCAUCGCUGUUGUCCUCGCUUUCUGUCUUCUUCAAGUCAUCACUGCUCAGAUCUUCUGUUAUAAAAGUGGAGAGUGUCAUGGAGAUGGAGCACCAUAUGGGGACACUCGUUGCGGAAAUUGUCAUUCUUGCGUUUACAAAGGCUGCUGUCACUUCAAAUUCACCGAUCCAGAAAAUACUUGUUAUAUACCUGGAUGGCGUUCCGAUGCAUACAAACAUCUUCAUCACGAGAAACGUCCAGUUGCUUGA